AUGACAUCACUCAAGAAGAAGAGUAGGAGGAAGCCUUCUUCCCAGGCCCUGGGGAAUAUUGUUGGCUGCAGAAUUUCUCACGGGUGGAAGGAAGGUAAUGAGCCUGUCACCCAUUGGAAGGCCAUCAUUCUAGGUCAACUGCCAACAAACCCUUCUCUUUAUUUGGUGAAGUAUGACGGAAUUGACAGUGUCUACGGACAGGAGCUCCACAGCGAUGAGAGGAUUUUAAAUCUUAAGGUCUUGCCUCACAAAGUAGUUUUUCUUCAGGUGAGGGAUGUCCACCUCGCCAGCGCCCUGGUUUGCAGAGAGGUACAACACAAAUUUGAGGGGAAAGAUGGCUCUGAGGACAACUGGAGUGGGAUGGUGCUAGCCCAGGUGCCAUUCUUACAGGACUAUUUUUACAUUUCCUACAAGAAGGAUCCGGUCCUCUACGUCUAUCAGCUCCUGGAUGACUACAAGGAAGGUAACCUCCACAUCAUUCCAGAGACCCCUCUGGCUGAGGCGAGAUCAGGUGAUGACAAUGACUUCUUAAUAGGUUCCUGGGUGCAGUACACCAGAGAUGAUGGAUCCAAAAAGUUCGGAAAGGUGGUUUACAAAGUUCUAGCCAAUUCUACUGUGUACUUUAUCAAAUUUCUUGGUGACCUACAUAUCUAUGUCUAUACUCUGGUGUCAAAUAUCACUUAA